CAUUUAAUUAACCCCUUAUUAUCUUCAAGUAAACCAUAGAAUUUAAAUUAUAUUAGUUAUUCGGUUAUAUCUUAAUGUAUUUCCGAAAUAUUUACGGUAAAAGUUGUCACACCUGAAAUCUGACCUAAAAUUUUGUGCGAGUUAUGCCCCUUGACACGAACCCGCCAUAUUGAAACUACAGACGCUGAAACGUCAUGCUUCAGACGAUAGGGGAUUGAGAAAUAAAAUAUGGUGCUGUGUGCAGCACCAAACUGUAAUAUCCGAUACGGUCAGGGUGUGUCUAUGUUUUCCUUCCCCGAGGAUCCCAAAUUAUGCCAAAUUUGGGUAAGAAAGCUGAAAACCAUUAAUUAUUGGCCAUCCAAACAUUCCAAGCUUUGCGAGCGGCAUUUUACCCCAGACUGUUAGCCUUCCAGAGCGCGAUGCAUGAGGUAUAGUCGACUCCAGUUAAAAAAAGAUGCCAUACCUAGCAUGUUUGACUAUACUCCAUUGGAUACUAAAGCCAUUAAAGGCCAUAAAAGGAAAACAGCAGAUGUAGAUGUUUCCUAUGUACCAAAACAAAGUCGGACAUCGAAAGUUUUGGAGAAAAGACGUGCACUCGCAGCUCAGAACCUUAAUGAAGAUGUAGAGAUUAUUCUUCCUCCUCCGAGCCAGUUUCAGGACAGCCCAGAGACUCUAAGCACAGAACCAAGCUGUCAAAGUGGAGCACACACAAUGACUUUUGAAAUGUCUACACAGACUAAUUAUGGGUUGGUGAAAUGCAGGCAUGUCUCUAUACAGACAGAGAUUCGGCCCAGUACAAUAUCGACUAGUACCCAAACAGAAACAAUGUUUUCAUUGGAUGCACCUGAGGACCUUUACGAGAGCUUCGAGUCACUGGCCAGCACUGAUUCUGCAGCUUCAGAAUGGAUUCCACCUGAUCUUGAUGAAAACAACAACAUAGAUCAUCAUCAUGUUCCUCCAAGUCACUGUAGAAGAAAAUUUAUUGUAUUUGAAGAAUGUUUAGACCAGCUUCUCCAGAUUUGUACAAAAUGUGGACAGAAGUGUGACAUUAAGAAAACCAUAGUUGGAACUCUGUUGUUUGUGUCCAGGCAGCAAUUUUGA